AUGAGCUACUUUCGUCAUUGCCAUACCCUCGUGAUGCUGCUUCUCUGCUUAGUCUUUUUGCUUGCAUCUCCUGCGUUUGGACAGGACAACUUGACAUUCAAGUUAUCUAGCAAAGAUGACAUGGUUCAAAUGGCUGGCUAUGGAGAGGAGAAGCUAUCUACAGUCCUUGUGACAGGCUCAGUUUAUUGUGAAGCUAGUUUCCAUGGUCGAGCGGACCAUUCUCAGGAAUGGCCAAUACGAGGAGUUUUGGCUUCUGUCAACUGCAAAAGUCAUGCUACCAAAAGAAAAAGAAAAAGUAAAUCAAUGGUAGCAAGAGGAGUUACUGAUGAGUUUGGAGAUUUCAUCAUCGAACUCCCUUCCCACCUUCAUGCUAUUUCCAACUUGGAAAACAUAUGCAGAGUGAAAAUUCUUCGAAUUCCCAAAGGAUCACCAUGCUGGCCAGCGCAUGUCAAAAGACACAAGGGACUCAAGUUGCUGUUCUCUGGGAAUGGCAUCCGCACUUACAAUGCUGGAAACAUAAGGUUCCCGCAUUCAAUGUCUGAGGCAACAAGGGAGCGGGGAAUAAGAGAUUAUUAUACACCACAUACAUAG